AUGGCUUCGCGUAAGGCGCUGCUCAUCAUCACCGCCGCCAUGGCCGUCGUCGUCGUGGGCGCUCUGCUCCCGGCGACCGCGUCGGCGGCGAACUACAUGGUUGGGGACGACUCCGGCUGGGACCUCGAGGUGGACUACGACGCCUGGGCCAGAGGCAAGAACUUCAAGGUCGGCGACACGCUCGAGUUCCUGUACUCUACGGAGGAGGCCACCCACAACGUGGUGAUGGUGGACGCGGGGAGCUACAAGGCGUGCACCGUGCCGAGCAACGCGCCGACGCUGACCUCCGGGGACGACCACGUGACGCUGGGCUCGGCCGGCCAGUUCUUUUUCAUCUGCGGCAUUGAAGGCCACUGCCAGUCCGGCAUGAAGCUCGCCGUCAACGUCCAGUGA